GAAAAAUACCCCUUUGACUUUGAGCAGACCCUGUCACUCUUGUUCCAUUUUGAUAUACUACUAAAUGACACUAGCUUUGGGUUACUAAAUUCAGAAAAAAAAAACAUUAGAUUUUAAACCUUUUCAACUACUUCAAAUUAUUACUCUAAAAACCUGCAUUUUUCUUGAGAAUUUUGUGGUCGCUACCGACGCUGCUACUGAGCACUGGGCCUCACUUCAACUCUGCUGUUUUGCUCGGAAAUCAUGAAACAGAUUCUUGAAUUGCCUUGACGAGCUACUGAUUUGAGUUGAAUUUUAAAGAAUGAAGUGCGGCGAGGAGUUUCAAAUUCUACGUCAAAUUGAUAAAAGGAAAUGGAUUUUGAUUUUGGUUUUGGUGGCUGUCACUCAUUUAUUUUGCCAGACCUUGAUGCUUCCUUAUGGCAAUGCUCUUCGCUCUCUGGUACCGGAUAAAACAAUUUUGUUACCGGAGAAGAUUAGCUUCUCAAUAAGAGAAUAUACUGUCAAAUCUGCAAAGGUUGCUGGAACCCUUGUAGGAAAAAAACUCUCAAACUCUGAUAGUGCAUCUGUGUUGGUUCAUUGUGUGGAAAGUACGGAUAAUGGUGAUACGGGUGAAGAUGGUGAAAAUGACGAAGGAGUAAAUGGCGAGCAUGAGGUAAAACUAGAUAGCGAUCAUUCAGAUGGCAAAGCCCUUGAUAAUGACUCUGAUUUUGUUGAAGAUGCAACUAUUGAAAAUGAUAACCUAUUCGAUGAAGAUGCGGACAUUGGUGAGGGAACCGCAAUGCAGAACAGUGGAAACCAAGAUCGUGGUUCUAUAUUGCAAAAGAAUGAUGAAUCUAGACAGGAUCUUUCUUUAGAGCAAGUUGUGAAACCAAAUGGUGAACUUUCAGCAGACUCUGAGUUAGAUGCAAAUAGAAGUAGCAUGCGAAUUGAUACUAAAACUACAAGCGCGACUAACCUGACUUCUGUGAUUGCUUCAAAACAUAUAGAUCCAUUGCCAUUGGUUACCUUAGGAUUAAAUGAAAGCAACUACAAUCAUACUGCUCGUAACAAGUCUUCAAAAGGAGAUUUGACUCAAGUUCUCCCAAAUAAUGGAAACCAUUCGUUGGUUCAAACGGAUAUUACUGUCUCAAGUAAUGGUAUGAAAAGUCCAGUUAAAAAGAAGAUGAGGUGUAUGAUGCCACCAAAAACUAUAACUUCAAUCUCUCAGAUGGAAAGGUUACUAGUUAGGCAUCGUGCUCGUUCACGUGCUAUGAGACCUAGGUGGUCUUCUGAACGUGACCAGGAAAUUCUGGCUGCCAGAUUACAGAUUGAGAAUGCUCCAUUUCUGAGGAAUGAUCGAGAACUUUAUGCUCCUGCCUUUCGAAAUGUGUCCAUGUUCAAAAGGAGUUACGAACUCAUGGAGCGGAUUCUCAAAGUUUACGUCUACAAGGAUGGAGAGAAACCCAUUUUUCAUCAACCAAUAAUGAAGGGAUUGUAUGCAUCUGAGGGAUGGUUUAUGAAACUAAUGGAGGGAAACAAUAAGUUCGUCGUGAAGGAUCCCCGAAAAGCUCACCUGUUCUACCUGCCCUUUAGUUCAAGGAUGCUGGAGCAUUCUCUAUAUGUGCGUAAUUCUCACAAUCGAACAAACCUACGCCAGUAUUUGAAGGAAUACUCAGAGAAGAUUGCAGCAAAAUACCGUUUCUGGAAUAGAACUGGUGGAGCUGAUCAUUUUCUUGUCGCAUGCCAUGACUGGGCACCAUACGAAACAAGGCACCACAUGGAGCAUUGUAUCAAGGCCCUCUGCAACGCAGAUGUAACGGUAGGUUUCAAAAUAGGAAGGGAUAUAUCCCUUCCAGAAACAUAUGUCCGCUCUGCCAGAAAUCCACUUAGAGAUCUCGGAGGUAAGCCACCAUCUCAAAGGAAAAUUCUCGCGUUCUAUGCUGGGAAUAUGCAUGGAUACUUACGUCCAAUCUUGCUCGAGCAUUGGAAGGACAAAGAUCCUGACAUGGAGAUCUUUGGUCCAAUGCCAAGUGGUGUCGCUAGCAAAAUGAAUUAUAUACAGCAUAUGAAGAGCAGCAAGUUCUGCAUCUGCCCAAAGGGCUAUGAAGUCAAUAGUCCUAGAGUAGUCGAAGCCAUAUUUUAUGAAUGCGUGCCCGUGAUUAUAUCGGAUAAUUUCGUGCCUCCCUUUUUCGAAAUCUUGAAUUGCGACACGUUCUCGUUGAUAAUAGCUGAGAAGGAUAUUCCGAACUUGAAAAGCAUACUUGUUGCUAUACCGGAAAAGAAGUAUCUUGAUAUGCAACUAGCUGUUAGAAAGGUUCAACGCCAUUUUCUUUGGCAUGCAAAGCCUGCAAAACACGACCUGUUUCACAUGACACUUCAUUCGAUUUGGUAUAAUCGAGUCUUUCAAACAAAAGCGAGAUGACAACAGCAAAUUCCGCGAGGAAGACUUUUGGAAGUUGCAGUUGCUUCUGAAUUUUCCUAGCCUCCCAAAAGGUUUGUGUUCAUUUGGAACUUAAGUUUGUAGAGGAAUUGCUGCCUUGUAUAU